GAUUGUUUGCUGAUGCUGGUGUUUAAAGACAAGUCAGAAAAGAGUAAAGGACACAAGGAGAGAAACAGCGUGACUCUGGAGGAUAUAUGUGGCUUGGAUCCUGGCCUGUCAUUGGAGGGUGUGAAUCACAUCCUCGCAAUCAUCUGUCUGGGACAAACUGUGCUCUUGGCGUUUGAGAACAAGGAAACCAUGUAUGUGUGGGACAUGAGGACUCGCUACAGCCUUGGUGAAGUUCACAGGUUCCACGUUUCCGUGCUCCCUGGUACCAAACUGGAAAGUGGACCCGCAACACUCCAUUUUUGUAACAAUAUCUUUGUGCUGGUGCGUGACGUUCCACCCACCAUCAUUGGCCAGUGGAAGCUGUCUGACAUGAGGCGCUAUGGAGCUAUUCCCAAUGGCUUUGUCUUUGAAGGGGGCUCGCGGUGUGGUCUUUGGGCUGGUGUCUUCUGUCUGUCCUGUGCUGAGGGUGAAAGGAUCAGCUUCCUCUUCGACUGCAUCGUCCGAGGGAUCUCACCAACCAAAGGGCCUUUUGGGUUGCGGCCCAUCCUGCCAGAUCCCAGUAUGAGCCAAGCGUAUACAGAGGAGAGGAUCAGUCAUGAAGCUUUGGAGUUAGAGAAACGCUUGAGUCUUUUGUCACAAUCCAGUCGACAAAGCAGUGGAGGAGAUGACCGCAGUCUGUCCAGCUCAACUGAGUCCUCCGACACCAGCCAGUCGGACAGUGCCAGCCUGGGAAGUCGGAUGACCCUGUGGCCAGAGCAACUGCCGGUCAGUGGCCUGCCAGAGGGUCAAUCUCUAGGCACGGCGGCCAAGGGGCUGGGCGCAGCUGAGGAGAAACUCUACGCAGAGGUCACCCGGGGGUCGAAGCCACCUCCCAAGCCACCUCGGUCACGUAAGCUGCAGGAAGUGGGUCGUCAGAGUUCCUCCGACAGCGGCAUCGCCACCGCCAGCCACUCCUCCUAUUCCGGAAGCUUCUCUUCCUAUGCUGGGAGCCAGAGCGACGAGUUUGGCUCCUUGCUCAGCCUCCCGUCGGCCUGGACCGCUGAGCAGACCCUGUGCACUUGUGAGACACCUGGAUCAGAGUAUCAGGUUCCCAGCUCCGCUCGCCAUCAUUACGACACACCUAGGAGUGUCUUACAGGCAGCUGUGGCAAAGGAGGCACCUCCCACCCCUGCAACCAAGGACCAGGCCCCUGCACCUCAGGAGACGGCUGAUGCAGAGAGGUGCAAGAGCUUCUCUGCUGCCCUGGAAGGUGCUGAACUGUCCGCUGAUGUCACCCCAAAGUGGACCCAGUUAAAGCUACGGGGGCAGGCACCAGAGGCCACAGGAGGUGAAGCAACAUCACUCAUUGGAGUUUCGGUGUCAGGAGCAGGAACCAUGGACCCCUGCGAGAUUUACAGCCCCUACUCAGGAACGGGCCGGGCACUUUUCACUGCCUGCCUGACGUGUGGGGGUCUCAAGGGAACAACAGCAUCACCGUCAGGAGCCUCAUCUAUCCCCGCUGCUCCAGAUAAGAAGCAACAUCAAAAAGAGGAGAAGCUGAAGAUGGGGACAGGACAGAUGUACGAGUUUAUGGAGGCUCUUCCAACAGAGAAACCAUCUGAGCUAGAGAAAGGAGGUGGAUAUGAAUACAUGGCUAGCUGUGGACAACAGAAACUACAAGUGGAGGAAGAAGGUCCACCAGGGUCUUUGAAACUUCAUCGAGGGCAAGGGGCACACCUGGAUAUUAUGGGUCUUAAACAUAAAAAGGAGAAGGGCCUACCGGAAGAUGAAAGUUCAGGCAGUUUUGACACAAAGAAAUUAUCUGGAGGUGCAUUUGCUUAUCCACCGGAGCUUUCAGGGACUGACAGAUUGCGGCCAAUGGAAGGAGCAACAUAUGUCAACAUCCCAGUGAGCCCAGCGUCAAAGAAGCAGCUCCAUUAUAUGGAACUUGAGCUCCAGGAGUCCAGUCCUGCCAUUCGAGGGGCAAGCUCUUCCAAAUAUGCACAGAUCGACAUCACGGCCACGGAAACCGCACACAAGGUGGGGACGCAACAUGCGCAGCACCGGGAGGAACGGCUACAGGAGUUGGAACAGAAGAGGAAAGGGCCGGCCCCGCAGUGA